UUUAAAAGCUAUCUACCUGUAGUAGAAAUCGGAGUGACAAUGAAGGCCUGUAUCGUUCUAGCACUGUGCGUGGUGUAUGCUUUUGCCGGACCCGAAGAGGACCUCUGGCUCAAAUUCAACAAAAUUCUCCCUGCUGGUUUGGAAAGCUACAAGGCUCCAGAGUUUGAGGGUAGAAUUGUAGGAGGAUUAGAAGUCGAUAUCGCUGAUUUCCCAUAUCAAUUGUCACUUCGACACAAUGGAGACCAUAUGUGCGGUGCUUCCAUCAUCUCCAGCAACUGGGCUUUGUCCGCUGCUCACUGUACCGUUGCUCCAGUUACUGUGAACUCUGCUACCCUGCGAGGAGGAAGCACCAGUCGUCUCUCCGGAGGAGUGAUUUUUGCUGUAGCUCAAAUCAUAAACCAUCCUCAAUACAACCCCAGUGCCAUCGACAACGAUGUUUCCGUUUUGCGAUCAAGUACAUCCUUCGUUGGAACUAACAUCUCACCAAUUACUCUUGUACCAGUUGGAACCAACUUCGCUGGAGGCACUCGUUCUAUUGUUUCCGGAUGGGGUCUGACAUCGGCUGGAGGAUCUAUGGCAACCAACCUGAAAGCUGUGGACAUUCCCGUCGUUAGCAUUGCCACUUGCCGCGAACAAUGGGGAACCACCCGAAUCACCGAUACCAUGGUUUGCGCUGGAGAACCAGGACGUGACUCUUGCAAUACUGACAGUGGAGGUCCAUUGGUCACUGGAGGUCGCCAAUUCGGAAUUGUCUCGUGGGGCUCUCCUCAUUGCGGAGGUGUCAUGCCUGGAGUAUACGCUAAUAUUGGCGCGGCAGCUAUUCGCAACUUCAUAAGCUCGAACACUGGUGUAUAAUGUUAGAUGAAUGCCUGAAUGUACAAUAAGUUUUAUUAAAGUUUUUUUAUUAUGAAAUCAGAAAAAAAA